AAUUUUUUUUCUUUUUCGAAUUAGCCCAACAACCCCGCAGGCUUUUUGAUAACUCGUUUGGGCCUGGUACUUGGGCCUGCUGCAUCUGGUCCCGUAAAAAGAAACGUCCAACAAUGAGCGAGGUUGUGGUGGGCCUUGAGACGAUUUUAGCCUUGCACGACAAAACCAACAACACAUUGGACAGAAAAAUAUUUGGUUUAAGGUUACAUGCUUUUGGCUUUCCAUCUAGUCAUGAAAACUCAGUUGUAGGUAUAAGUUUAACAUCCAUUGAGUCGUACCUUUAUACUAUUGGAGGUGAAAACCAUAUAUUACGCCGGUUUGAUUUUGAAACUAUCAAUGUUGCAACUGAAAACUUCUCUAGAUCUAAUUUGCUUUCAGAAGACUUUUAUGGAAUUGCCAUGUACAAGGGAAAACUGCAAAAUGGCCAAGAUAUAGCAACUGUUGGGAUGCCUUAUUCUGAUAGACUAUUAGAAUUUUGUAUGAAUCAAGUGUCUAUACUUGUAAAAAUUGAACAUCCGAAUUUGGCUCAGUUUCUUGGAUGGUGCAUUGAAGGAACAAACGUCUACCUUCUCUAUGAUAUCUCACAAAAUUAUUACACAACUCUGGGACAUCUGUUAUAUUUAUCUGGUAAAACUUCAAUUUGAAUUGUACUCAUGAUGGAGUUCAAGAACGAUUUUUUUACACCUAGGUGUUAUAGAAAAAAUGAUGAGUGUUUCUAGGAGGUUUUUGAAAGUGUGCUGACUCUAAAAAAACUGACACCAAAUAUUCAUUUGCAAGCGAACUCCUUGAAUAUGUUGACAUGGCAAAACUCAACGAAUGAGUCUGCUUCUUUCACUAGCGAACUUCUAAGAAACCAGAAAUAGUUCAAAAAUCUCCUAGAAGCGCUUAUGAUCCUUCCAGACCACCUAGAAAUAAUAAAGAAUUGUUCAAGAACAAGCAAAUGGCUUUAUGUUAACCUUAUUUUAUUUUUAAGUUAAACUAACUAUGAUUCUUCUCUUAAGAUUAUAUUAAACUUGAUGGACUAAAUCGAGUCAAACAAGUGUUCUGUGAUUCCUCUUUG